AUGGAGAAGGCGGCCUUUGAGGGGUGGCUGGAGUCGGUCUCCGCCUCUUUCCUUACACUGAGCGACCAGCAGCGCAACCAGUCCCUGGACCAACUCAUCUCGCUGAGCGGUGCAGUCCAGCUGCGGCACCUGUCCAACGGACUGGAGGCGCUGCUCAAGCGGGACUUCCUGCGACUGCUGCCCCUGGAGCUCACCUUCUACUUGCUGCACUGGCUCGACCCGCAGACCCUGCUCACCUGCUGCCUGGUGUGCAAGCAGUGGAAUAAGGUGAUCAGUGCGUGCACGGAGGUGUGGCAGGGUGUGUGCCGGGACCUGGGCUGGCGCAUCGAUGACUCCAUCCAGGACGCGUCCCACUGGAAGGGUAUCUACCUCAAGGCCAAGCUGCGCAUGAUGCAGUUGAAGGACCAGGAGGCCUUUGAGACCUCGUCGCUCAUCGGGCACAGUGCGCGCGUCUACGCCCUCUACUACAAGGACGGCCUUCUCUGCACAGGCUCUGAUGACCUUUCUGCCAAACUGUGGGACGUCCGCACAGGGCAGUGCAUCUACGGCAUUCAGACGCACACCUGCGCCACAGUGAAGUUUGACGAGCAGAAGCUGGUGACUGGGUCCUUUGACAACACUAUCGCCUGCUGGGAGUGGAGCACAGGUGCCAAGAUCCAGCAGUUCCGUGGGCACACGGGUGCAGUGUUCAGCGUGGACUACAAGGAUGACCUGGACACACUGGUGAGCGGCUCGGCCGACUUCUCUGUGAAGGUGUGGUCCCUGUCGGCAGGCGCCUGCCUCAACACCCUCACGGGACAUACUGAGUGGGUCACCAAGGUGAUUCUUCAGAAGAGUGAAGUAGAAUCCAUGGUACACUGUCCUGGCGACUACAUUCUGUUGAGUGCUGACAAAUAUGAAAUAAAGAUUUGGCCUAUAGGCAGGGAAAUCAACUGCAAGUGCUUGAAGACCUUGUCCGUGUCAGAGGACCGUAGUGUGUGUCUGCAGCCUCGCCUGCAGUUUGACGGCCGCUAUGUCGUUUGUAGCUCGGACCUGGGGGUCUACCAGUGGGACUUUGCCAGCUUCGAUAUCCUCAGGGUCAUCAAAACGCAGGACCCCGCCAACCUUUCCCUGCUCAGCUUCGGCGAGGUGUUCUCGCUCCUCUUCGACACCGACUUCCUGUAUGUCAUGGACCUGAGGACAGAAAAGAUAUCGGGUCGUUGGCCUCUGCCUGCCUACAGAAAGUCCAAACGAGGUUCCAGCUUCCUGCCGGGAGUCACCUCCUGGCUCAAUGGGCUGGAUGGGCGAAAUGACUCUGGCCUCGUGUUCGCCACGAGCAUGCCUGACCAUAGCAUUCACUUGGUUCUGUGGAAAGAAAACCGAUAAAGAAAGCUAUGGGCGAAACCUACGAGGGCUAGGUUGUCAAUUGCCAUGUAAACAGGGUGCUCUGACUUUCUAAACCCAACAUCAAGUUAGAUAAUGCAUGGGCCAAAGUUGUUUAACCUUUUUUUGUUUUGACACGUGCUCUCAUACAUACAUGCAUCAUGUGACAUGCUGUCAGAUAGAGUAUUGGAGAUGGCUUCGCCAACCAUAAGACGCACCGAAACGCUGCUAUGAAUACAAGGGGAAGAAAGGCCCAGUUCAGAGGGCCAAGGCAGCAGUUAAUUUUAGUUCCAACCCUGCCAUGGGUCUUCUCACUUUGAAGGAAAUACAAGGACCGGAACGGUGGCUUAAUGAAGACCGAACUCUCGAAAAACUGCAUGGUCUACAACCAUUAGACUGUGACAACUUUACAAAAACAUUGCAAAACAAGUCAGGCUCUACAGCUGUAGAUAUUUCCCUUGUAUUACCAUGUAUCAGAACUUUUAAACUUCGGACAAGGUUCUUCAAGCAGUUACGAGGCGGGAAGUUGCCUUAACACAAUACUUCGUUACAAGAAAGUACAUCUAUGACUUUGGCACAGUGUGUCCUACGUUUUGCCUAGACUGUCACCAACCAUCCCCAUGAGAGUUUUAUGUUGAAAUGUUCAAAGUGGUUUGGUGCAUCGGAUUUGUACCAUGUGAAGCGUUGUUGGAUAUUCAAUGUAAAUCCAUUGUUUGAUAAUGCUUUUCUUAGGGGUGCUUGUUUUAAAAGUCAACUUGACAUUAAGUUGUGCCUUUUGAUUUGAUUUGAAUAUUCACCUAGCUGUGACAAAUCAAACUAGAAUUUCAUUAUUACCAGGCACAUUGCAAUGAGAUAAUGAAUGUUGUAAUUGUAUAUAUAUUUUUUAUUAUCUUUCGUACUCUCCAUACUAUAACCAACCGCAUACAAUGUCUUUCUAAACUUACUAGGCUUGUCACGAUACCAACAUUUUACAUCAGGCCAAGUAUCAUGAUGCCACGUUGGAAAAAUAAGUGGCCGACCAUCCUGUUCGCCCUGUCUGUCCCUCAGAAACUUGUUUCCCAAACGUUCUCCAAAAACCUGUCACUGAAAUUCACACUUCUACUCAAUACAACACAUUGAAUUUAACUUCACACUGUAUAAUAGAAUGGCUGAUUUGGUCAUAUUUGGCUGGAGGAAUAUACAUGCAUAAUGAUCUGCAUGUCAUUGUCAGUAAGGGGAAAACACUGCUUGGAACCUUUACUCUUCAGUUAAGACAUUUCCUCACGCUCAUACACACCACUCUCCCUCCCAGAAACACACAUAGUCCCAUGCUAACAACUUUUAAAAGGAUAGGCACCAAACAGAAUUCAAGGAGCACCAGAAAGUAAUCGAUUUUUGAUAUAGUUUAUAGUAUGAUAUAGUUAAGUAGCAAACCCUUUUCCUUCCUGUGCCAAUCAAAUGUGCCUAAGCCUACUGUCAAUUACCAGGUUGUUGGCUAGCUAGAUAACAUGAUUGAAUGUUGUUUGUAAUCAAACCAAUAUUUAACAACCCGGGAUUAGUUUAAAACGGCCCGCGACAUGGUUUGUGAAAUUAUAUCAAAUGCGCACGAAUCCCGAUAGAAAGGGGAAAAAGGCAUUCCGUUAAUAUGGGUAAUAUUUUUUGAACAUUUAGGCCAACUAAAGACAACGUUUUUUGUUGUUGCUGUAAAGCAUGCCUGUCGCGAAAGAGUGCUCCAUUUCACCUCUGACACUGCAUGCCGUUGAACUACUUGGACUGGUCUGUGUUCUUGGUAAUAACAGGCGAUGAAAUAAUACAAUGUAUCAACAUUGCUCGCUAUUCCAAAGUAACAAAUGUACACAUCUAACAGAAGACUCUGCGUCCUCGCUCGCCAUCGUGCAUACAUUUAUUUUGUCCCUCCACACCAAACGCCAUCACGACACGCAGGUUAAAAUAUCAAAACAAACUCUGAACCAAUUACAUUAAUUU